AAAAAAAAAAAUACCACUAUAAAUACCUUUUAUUUUUAUUAAAUAUGAUACCAAUAGCCAAAGAUAACAAAUCAAUCUGUUCUAAUAGUAGUUUAGCAUCAAAAUCAAGGUCAAAUACAACAAAAAUAACACCCUCACUUUCAUUAUCUAGUUCAACAGCUAUUCAGCCAAUGUCAACCAUUCCAGAUCCACUAUCGCCAGUGAUUACAUCAUCCUACAUCUAUCCUAAUGAGACACCACCUACACAAGCUGAUAUAGACAUUGUCCGUUAUACUUGGGAGCGCAUCUUAGAAAUCCGUCUAGAUGGUGAUGAUCCUAAUGUCUCAUCAAGUCAUUUAUUUGGAUUAGCCUUUUAUGAUGCCCUAUUUAAACUUGAUCCUUCUCUACAAUCCUUUUUUACCAAUAUUUUUCAACAAGCUCGAGCAUUUGCAGGUAUAAUUUCUUAUAUCGCUCGUGCUCCGAGCGUAACAGCGUCAGCUAAUGAUAAAGUUAUGACAAUACAAGAAAUAAAUGCACGCAAGAGGAAGGAGACGAAUGCUAAAACGUUUCCCGAGUUAGUGACAGCUACUAUAAAUAUCAAAACGGAAAAAGAAAAAGAAGAAGAAGAUGUCGAGCUUUUAUUACACAAGUUAAGGAUGUUAGGUGCAAGACAUUACACUUAUAAUGUGAGAUCGCAGCAUUUACUGUUAGCAGGAUCUGCCAUUUUAAAGGCACUAAAAAAAAGAUUAGGAAAAGAAUUUUUACCAGAGGUGGCGGAAGCCUGGGCAAAGGCAUAUGCGUAUGCAGAGUACCAUAUGAUGAUUGGGUUAGAAUCUCAAGCAAACUGGGAAAAAGGGAAAAAGGAUUCAGCAAGUUUAAAAGUGAAUUCAACAUCGAAAUCAAGCUGUUUAAUUCAAUAAAGAUGUUAUUAUAUCAGUAUAAUUAUCAAUUGUAGUAUUCCUUCUAGCAAAUACUAUCAGAAUAACAAUGUAUGUAUGCAUGCAUGCAUAUAUAAAUCAGGUAGGAGAUAUGAAUACUUUUUUAAUCUUGCUAGAAUAUCUUAUCCUCCUGAAUAAAGGAUAAUAGUAAACUAUUUAUAAAUAAAUUAGUGUUAGC